AUGGAAACGCAAACUUUAAUGAGCCUAACGGCUGUUGGGCUGUUUUUCAUUUUAAUUUUUGAUUUCUUUUACAAGCACUUUACCUUCUGGCAACGUCAAGGCCUGCCAUCGCAUCGAUUCAUUACCACAGGCUGGGCAAAGAAACCAUUUUUUGAGUUUGCCGAAGAUACGGCUCGCCGAUUUGCACCACACAAAAUCUAUGGAGCCUAUGGACCAUUCAACAAAAUACUGAUUGUCAAUGACGCCAAAAUUGUUCGUGAACUGUCGACAAAGGCGAUGCACAAGUUUCCGAUUCGCAACAGUCAAUUGGACCAAGGAACGACGAAUAUUCGUAAAUCCCUUUUCUUUAUGCAAGCCAAUGAAGAUUGGAAACGAAUUAGAAGCAUUGUGACGCCCGCUUUUACAAGUGGAAAGUUGAAGCGAAUGAUGAGCCCAAUUGAAAGAAUUGCCGAGAAUUUCAUCGAGCAUCUUCAUCAAGAAGCUGAUACAGGCAAAACUUUUGAUUUAAAAAAGUACAUUAACGGGUUUGCCAUGGACGUGAUUGCUUGUUGUGGUUACGGUGUUGAAAUCGAUUCUGUUCGAGAUCCGAAUCACCCAGUUGUGGUAAACGCCACAAAAAUUCUGAAUGUCGACGUCACCAUUACUCAGAUUAUCUGUUUCCUGUUCCCGAAAGUGGCCAAAUGGUUCAAAUUGGAUAUCUUUGACAAAGAUGCUGUUAAUUACUUUGACAAGUUGACGUUUGAAAUUGUUGAAAAGAGAUUAAAGGAAGCAGAUGGAAAACAAAAAUCUGAUCUUCUGGGCUUGAUGAUUGAGGAGUCUGGUGAAAACAAAUUUGGUAAUCUUGCCGACAACCCACACACUAAAGCUUUGAAAGGCAUAAGUCCAGACGAAUUGUCAGGUCAAGGAAUACUAUUUUUUAUCGCUGGCUAUGACACGAGCAACGCUACUUUUGACCAUUGCAUUUUUUACCUAACUCAAUAUCCGGAAUGGCAAGAGAAGUUGUAUCAAGAAUUGAAUGCAGUUAAAGAUGAACUUGACUAUGACAAGCUCAAGCACCUCAAAAUUCUCAACGCU